AUGUGCCAGGAGCCCGCAGUUGACAGCGUCUCAACAUUGGCUGCUGCCACCUUCGGACCAACUGCACUUCCCAUACCGCACAAACCGCCGUCCCUCCGCCCGCCUCUUCCUCGUCCUCUCCGCCGUCAACUAACUCUCACAAUUCUUCUUAACCACCACUUCCAUCCUCCUCCUCCCCUUUCUCUCCUCCUCCUUUUCCCCAUCCUCCUCCUCCUCCUCUUCCUCCUCUUACUCCGGCUUCUCCUCCUCCUGCCCUACUGCACCAACCACGGUCGCUCUGGUGGCCGUCACUCACGCCAGCAUCACACAUCCAUGACACAACAACAGACACCAUCCCCCCAACCUCCGUCUCCAGGGGUGAGGAGCAGGACUACACCUGCCCUCACUGCGACCGCACCUUCACCUCACACAUCGGCCUGGUCGGUCACUUGCGAAUCCAUCGCACAGAGACUGACGAACCAGUGCCUGGAACACCAACCUAUACCCACCAAGCUCGCCUCCACUGCCCACACCGCCCUCGCACUUUCACGCAUCGCAUAG